GAGCCGCCAUAGCCGCCCGCCUCCCGCGACUUAACGUCUCCGCUGCCGGCUCCGCGUCGCCGCCAUGGCCGACGUGGAAGACGGAGAGGAACCCUGCGCCCUGUCCUCUCACUCCGGGAGCGUAGGCUCAAAGUCGGGAGGCGACAAAAUGUUCUCUCUCAAAAAGUGGAACGCGGUGGCUAUGUGGAGCUGGGACGUGGAGUGCGAUACGUGCGCCAUCUGCAGAGUCCAGGUGAUGGAUGCCUGUCUUAGAUGUCAAGCUGAAAACAAACAAGAGGAUUGUGUUGUGGUCUGGGGAGAAUGUAAUCAUUCCUUUCACAACUGCUGCAUGUCCCUGUGGGUGAAACAGAACAAUCGCUGCCCUCUCUGCCAACAGGAUUGGGUGGUCCAAAGAAUCGGCAAAUGAGAGUGGUGGAAGGCUUUCUUAGUGCAUUGGUUUGGAGCCCUGGUGGAUCUUGUUAUCAAGUGCCCUACAAAGGCCAGAACACUCCAGGGAACUAAUUCUUCAAGUAGGAGGAGAUGGCUCUGUGGUCUUUUGGUACUCAUCAGAGGCAUAGUUCGGCAUUUUGUUAGUUUUAUUUUCAGAAAUUCUCUACAAUUAAGAAGAUAAUUUAUUAAAGAUGGUCUUUCCUACCUCUGUGGUAUGUGUCACACACACUGCUUAGAAGUGCUUUAAAGGAGGAGAGAGCUACAAAUUGAAUGACUUUCAUAAUUUACUUACUGAUAUCCAAGGGGCUGUGGAAGCAGUUCCAUUAGGAGGAGAACUUGUUGCAUGUUUAUAGUCGAUCAGUUAAAAAAAAAAAAAAAAGACAAUGUUACAGUAACAAAUAAAGUGCAGUUUAAAACCCAAUUCUUAUCCUCAAUUUGUUCCUGAUAUUUAUUUUUGGCGGGAGGGGGUGAUUCAUGAACUCUUUAUUUGAUACAAUGAAAAUUUUAAGUUUGGACCAGUGAACAGGGUAAAUAAAAUUUAACCUUUGGGCAUAUGCAAUUUCAGUUGUCUUUCAAGCUAUCAUCCUCUGUCUUGGGCUCAUCAAGAAAACCUAAAUUUACAUUCACCUCACUGCUCAGUCAUUGGACGAUAAAGAACAGAAGUAUUUUCAAGUUCUGGUCAGAUUAUGUUGUAAUUAAACUGUGUUUUGGGUGGAAUGUUAAUGAGGGGAAAUGUUUACCACUGUAGCAUUGGAUCAAAAAGUUUAUUUUAUUACACAAUGUUUUAAUAAAUGGUUUAUUCUGUUUAUUUAA